CAAGUUCAAUGUUCAGGCUCAAUGGAUACAGCAGCUUGUCAUCUUUGGGAGUAUUUAGCGUCUGCAUUGGGACUUUGCGCACACAUAUCAAAUACAAAAUAAGACGACAGCAGCCAGGCAACAUUUUCUUAUAAACACAACGACAACCUAACAGCAGUAAGGCUCAGUCGUGAUUUGGCUUUAUGUCAAAUUAAGGACACCCACUUGGAAUUUUCAGUCUGCCAAGUUUUGUACUCUAUGGAGCUGCAGCAACAUGAAGAUGUGACCCCCCGGCCUCACUACGUCCCUCCCUCCGUCCUUUCAUACUUCACCAGAAAAGCCCCUCCAGCACCAGCACCACCAGCACCACUCCCACCCGGAUCUUCAGCGUGAUCAGUCCGUUCUCGGCGCUGCCUCGCGUCACGUGUCCCCCAGUGGCGUGGAAGCGGGGCACCUGGUACCCAUAGUUACGCUCCAGCAAACGAGCCAUUCAACUGAGGAAAUGAGUCGCAGGGAAAAGACAGCAUACAGGAUUUCCUAAGGGUUCAAAAGACGACAGGACUCCCCCUUACUUCUCAAUAUUUCCAAGGAGCUGUCAUUUCGCCCAUGCUCCGCCACAACUUCAUUCCCUGGCGAUAAGACGAGGGGCAGCGCUGUGACGGCGACUCUUUCAGUGGAUGUGAAGAGGUCAUCUUACAACAUGGGGUCACUGCUGUUUCAAGCCAUCAUUUUCCUGUGUACUUUUGAAGGGGUUUUUCUCCUGUCCCCAUUCUGGAAACCCUCUUGGCCAACAACCAAAUUACCUGUAGUUUUACCCCAGCUGACUGAGGAGUUAGGUUUGCCAAAAUUUAAUGCAGAUGCCAAGCUUAAUGUUACUUCUAACUGUGGGCCUGACUGUCACAAGGGGGCACCAUUACCCACCUUUGAACAGUUGAAGGAGUUUCUCUCAUAUGAAACCCUUUAUUUCAAUGGCAGCUUGACUGAGACCAAAGUAGGUAUAUAUGGUUUUAACAUGGCAGAUAUGGCAACGGUACAAGGUAGAAAUGGGAGGUCAAGGGCAAAGAGGCAGAUCUAUGGCUAUGACAGCAGGUUUAGUAUUUUUGGGAAGAACUUCCUGCUCAAUUACCCUUUCUCCACCUCUGUUAAGGUGUCUACAGGGUGUACUGGAACUUUGGUUGCUGAGAAGCAUGUUUUAACAGCAGCCCACUGCAUCCACGAUGGCAAAAGCUAUGUGAAAGGUGCUCAGAAGUUGAAAGUUGGCUUUCUGAAGCCAAAGCUGAAGGAUGUAACAGAAAAAAACAGUAACCAAACAAAAAGCCACAACUCAGAGAAAAUGAAAUUUCAGUGGAUUCGUGUGAAACGCACCCAUGUUCCUAAAGGAUGGAUCAAAGGAAGCGCCAAUGACAUUGGUAUGGAUUAUGACUAUGCCUUACUGGAACUGAAGAAGCCACACAAACGGCGCUACAUGAAGAUUGGUGUAAGCCCUCCAGUUAAGCAGCUCCCUGCAGGGAGAAUUCAUUUCUCUGGUUUUGAUAAUGACCGUCCUGGAAAUCUGGUGUACCGGUUUUGUGAAGUGCGCGAAGAGACUUAUGAUCUCCUAUACCAGCAUUGUGAUGCUCAACCUGGUGCGAGUGGCUCUGGUGUUUAUGUGCGUAUGUGGAAACGGCAAUUCCAGCGCUGGGAACGCAAAAUUAUUGGUGUCUUCUCUGGACAUCAGUGGGUGGAUCAAAAUGGUGUCCCCCAGGACUUCAAUGUGGCAGUCCGAAUCACACCCCUCAAGUAUGCACAGAUUUGUUUCUGGAUCAAAGGCAAUUACGUGGACUGUCGAGAUGGAUGAAUGGAAAUAAAUAUGUAAAAGAAAAGCAAAGCUAAAAGAUCGCUUUUUAAAUGUAAAGGGAUAUACAAUUAUGAAAACAACUUUCUAAAAUGUAACUUUCAAGGAUAUUCUUGUCUCUUAGGAAUUUCAGUUUUUGCUUACCUCAUAGUAUACAGAAAAACACCAUGAUCAAGUUUCUGAUUCUGUGUAUCCAAAUGUGCAAUGUGCGUCUUGUCUGAGGAGAGCUCCGCCAUAGUCAUCUGUCGGAAAAUAAAUAGUUGCAAAGGGUAGUUUAAUUUUGCAUGACUUUUGAUUUUACUCUAUUUUGUUGAGGUGCUAUGUACACAGAGAGUGAGAUCAAUAUCUUUUUUUGUUAGUUACAACUUACCCAAGCCUGUACUUGGUCCUCCUUUCUUAAGCUCAACUCUUGCAUCUUCAAAUAUGCAUCAGUAGAUCAGCAAUUCUGGUGCAUGUUUCAGUAUUUGGGUGGUAUGCACACAUUGUAAUUCUGUACAAUCACUAGACCUUCAUUUUAUACUCUCUUAAUCCGGGAACUUUAAUUGUUGUUUUGUUUGUCCACUGGGGUUCAUAUAUAAAAUGAAAAAAAUAGGAAGGGGAAGACUGGGAUAAGCAAACCUGCUAACUUGGCACUUUCUCGCACCAUAAACAAAAGAAAUGAAUUGCAUUGCACUGUUUAUCAAGUUGCUAGAGUUAAAAAGGGACUUCACAACAUUGAACUUGCAGUGACCUUGGUCUUUUUUAUGUUAUGCUUCAAUUUUGUAAUAUUUCUUUUCCACCUGGCUUUCAGUGAAGUUCAUUAAAGUGAAAUGAGGAGAACACCUCCAAUUUCAGAUGA